ACACGACAUUUCACACACUUCACAAACACUGGAAAUGCUCAUGUUCACACCAUCCAGUUUUCCAGCUAGAAAACUUUUUACAAGUUCAAUGGAUGAAGAAUCCCUAAGUAAAAAGAUAAAGGAAAGAACAGAUGAACUUAUGAAAUUAUCAAUGGAGCGACUGCAAGAAAAAUACAACAUUGACUUGGAAUAUUUAAUGUCCAAUAAACCGACAACAAUGACCUCAAUUUCAAAUCCUUCGAUAAAAUCCCAAACUACACUGGAAAACCCAUCCAAAUAUCUGUCUACUUCAAAAACACAUGGCACAUGGCGUUGGGAAAUUAUUGACACGGAAAGCCAAUAUGUACCAUCAUUUUACCUUAGCAGAAAAUAUCAUUCGGAUACUUAUAUUACAACAAGCAAAUAUGAUGGCUAUAUUUUACCUAAAACACCAGCAAAACAAAUCAAGUGCCCUGAAAUCAUUCGUUCGGGUAAUAAAGUCGAGUUUCGUCAUUCUCUCCUAGUGAAAAAUGAGUCUGCUACGGAGAAUGAAAUGCGAAAUUCCACAACGCAUAAAUGUACACAAUCUAGAAUUAAUACAUGGAAUAUACCAGUGAAAAAGUGGUCUCAAUAUAUGAACAUCAAAUUUGACAAACCUGUGCGUAACAGAUCCUCAUCUUUAUCUCAGUUGGACAGAAUUAUUUCUAAUAAAUAUGCGGCAUCAGAUAACAAUACUUUAAAGAAAACAGCCAGUUCAGCUGGUGAUCUGUCUGUUCACAGAUGUACAGCAUCAAUUCCUGGAAUGGUAUCUAGAGUCGGAAAAACAAAAUCAAAGAAUACAGGAAGAAAUGUGUUUCCAGUAGUAAAAUAUCGACAACUUACAAUGCUUGAUAUUCUGAAUGGCAUGAACAUAGAGAAAAGUCCCAUCUCUGUCAGAAAACAGUACCAUAGAGACAUGAACAACCAAGGGAUGCCAAACGACCACUGAAUUCAUCGAUUGUCGAAAUUUUACAACUGGCUGUGAGUGAGCAUCUGAUAACGUUUUAUUCCGAAACUGUCUUUCAGUAUGCUCCACAUAUUUAUAAACUGGAAUAAAUUUACUAGUGUUAUCUCACUAACUAAAUUCAUGAUACACUGACGAAAAUUUAACACUGUGGAAGAAAUUUGUGUAUCUAUUCAAUUUCUUUCAGCUUCCAACUCAUACAUUUUUCUGAAUCCAAUCUUUAUACUAUAUGCGUUAAAACACAAGAGCAUUUUUAAACAUCAUUUUUAAUUUUAUGUUGGGAAUUUGUAUUUUUAUGCUACUUGACAUUCCAUUUUUUUUUCUAGACACUCUGUGUUCCUCACGAUAAAAAGUGUAUGCACACAUGU